AUGGGCUUGCCCGCUUUUUCAGGCACUGCCAGUCACUCGGGAACCAUUGCCCCCGAGGCUCUCCGAAGCGACCACGAUGUGAUCGGCCAUCAUGGAAACGGCUCAACGUCAACUUAUCAGGACUUGGCAAUGAACGUCAAUGGUCAAUCUCACAGUCGAUCUCAAUCUUUGGCCGGAGGAGUGUCGGGCUCGUAUGGUCGGACAGAGUACUUGGCUGCACCGAAGGGAAUCGCAUCUGGCGCUUUUCUCGUUACGCCUUAUGAAGCAUUGGUUCAGGAAACUAGAUCUAGACGCUUCCAUGAGUUCCUUAACAUUGGUGACAUUGCUCAAGAGUACCCAAUCACGAAGACAACUCUGCCUCAAUACGUUCCACGCAAGUCUCGCAAUGAACUUAAGCGAGUUGCAUCUGGCAACGAGAAUCUCUUAGCACGGCUUUCGAAGAAACCCCCGAAAAAGUCUAAGAUCUCUGCACCAAAAGCAGCACGACCAAAGACUGCAGCGAACGCCCGAUCUCCAACAGCUAUCAAGGAAGAGUCGCCAGAGUCAUCCAGCGAGACCUCCUCAUCCGACGACGACUCGGAAUACGAAUCAUCAGAUGAUGAGCUCGAGAUCACCGAGCCAUCGCCUUUGCCAGCUUCGCGGCCGCAAGAGCCGUUGCAAGCCGUACGAUAUGAUGUCAUCAAGGCUCUCUGGCUACCCCAUAAAAAGGCCGCUGAAGCUGAGCAAAUUCGGAAUGCUCUUAAAGACUUCUGGGAAGUAGUGCGAACGAUCCGUGACCGCUGGAAGUCUGAUACUGCAGACCUGAAGCAGGCCGAAGAAGGCAAGAAAGAGAGCGAAGUCCCUCGACUGAAGAGUAGGGUUAAGGCUCAGCGAGACAUGAUUCAAAUGGCUCUGAAGACUGCCAUUGAGCAUGGUCAUCCGGACAUCAUCCGACUAUUCGGUGAAAAUAGGUCCCUUGUUUUCGUUUGCCAACAGUUCAUGGUCGACCGUAUCCGGGAAGCAGACUACAAUGGAGAACUGUCAAGAGCCGCACUCGAGUUGUUAUCUCGCUGCGUGACUAUGACGAGCGAAGCCGUAGAUGCGACAAAGCUCGAGAAGCCUCUGAACAUCUACACCAAGCGUGGAGAUGACCACGUGAAAGCCCUGGUUAAGAAGAUCCUGGAAAACGUCACCGCCGUCACGAAGUCGAAAUCCGAAGGAGUAGAGAAGCCUCCACCUGUUUCGGGCAAAGAUGUCAAGCCUAAGAUCGAGCCUGUACGCCGCCCUGCGCCCGAGCCAGUGGCGGGAAUCAAGCGUCGGGCUGGCGAAGCUGGUGCCCCCGGACAGGCACCGAAGCGGGUUGCGUCCGGGUCUCCAGCUCUAGGGACUACAGGAUCCAAUGCUAUCAAAGCUGCAUCUUCCACUUUAAAACGCCCCUCAGCUAUAACGGCUACUGCCGGAAAAUCGACGCCUUUAGUGGUUGGCGGUGCACCGAAGCCCAAAGCCGCUACAGUCGCGAAGCCUCCAACUUCUUACGCGGGCUUGCAGUCCGCGUCUAAGAAGCCAGGAGCCUCAAAAGCAGGGGCUACGGUUACCGGUUUACCAAAAGUGGCACCUAUUAUGGCUUCGAAAGACAGGAAGCCUGCUGCAUCAAGCGCAGCCGCAGCGCCUGCAAAGCCUGCUUUCUCCUUUGCCGAAACUAUGGCCAACCUAACGAAGCCCAAGGAGCCGGAGGUUUCCGCCAAGUCUGAAGAGAAACGGGCCCCAGAGACUGCUGAAGAGAAAGCAAAACGGCUGAGGAAGGAGGCACGUAGUCAGCUCCGCGUCACUUUCAAGCCCGAUGCGUCUCUUGUAGCUAUCAAAUACUUCACGCACGAUCCUGAGGAAGAGCUCGGUCACGAUGAGAGUAUGAUACGAGACGUAGGGGAUAGAGGAGGCGAAGGCCGUAUGUUCAAGCAACAUAAGGACAUGAUGGACAUUGAUGAAGAUGAUGAUUCACCACGAGAGGAGAGUUUCUACCCUUGGAAGGAGCCAUCCGCAAUCGACUUCAGCGUUGUUGACAUUGAAGAACGGAAACGAAACUUUAAGCCGUACGGCGGAGGCUUCAAGGAUCCUGAGUGCCCCGAUAAAGAAAAUCAGGAGAAACACGAAGCAAGUACGCUCAUGGUGUUCUACACUCAUCCAUCCGAUAUCCCACCGUCUCCGAGAGAACCACCCGACGACUCUAGCAUGGACACCGGCACCACGGCCGAGUUCGGUAGUCCUCCAGACUUCGUGCUAAGGCGAGCUGCUGCUUUCGAGCUACCAAAGUCCGAACCUCGGGUACAAGCACCUCCCUCCACAACCGACAUAUCAGCGGUCCUCAGCAUGUUGCGUCAGCAGCAGCCGCAGCCGCAGCCACAGCAGCCAAACCCUCCUCCACCACAACCUCAACCGACCGAUCUCGAGCGACUCCUCGCCACACUCAACAAUCCUGGUUUCUCAUCUGUCCCGCAAGCGCCAGUGGCAGCGCCAGCACCAAUGCCGGUUGUCCCACCGCAACCGCAGCCAGCUCAAGCGCCUGACCUGAGUUCACUACUCGCCGCCAUCAACCCUCAGGCAGCACAAGUGCAGCAGUACCAGCAACAGCCGCCUCAACCGUUCCAGCAGCCCGUCAUGUCCACACCGGACAUCAGCGCCCUCAUCGCAUCCCUCAGCCAAGCCGGCGCAGCCCAGCCCAGCUUUCAGCCACCAACGCACGGCUUCACAUUCCAGAACCAGCAGCAACAGGUCGAUCAGGGUGCGUUUGAACACCCGGAGCGCAAGCGCAUGAUGGAGGGCGGGUACGGCGAUAGCGACGGGGCCAACAACAAGCGUCCGAAGUGGGGCGACAAGAAGAAGGGGGGCUACGAACCGCCGAAGUUUGUCGUGCCGUGCAGGUUCUGGAAGGAGGGGAAGUGUAUCAAGGGGGCGAAGUGCACGUUUUUGCACGAGUAG